GAUGGCCAUUUCCUGCCCGGGGCCAUGUACUCAUGGCUGAGUCACCUCAAUUUGCAUUUAAUAUUGCAGCAUAUUGUGGAGAAAAUUCAUCAAGAUGAGUUCUAAGAUGCCGGAUAAAAAGGAUUCACCGAGAGCGAAUGAUUUUUACAAUCUUGACGAUUUUUUGUUUCUGUUUUUGCUGGCGAAGCUCAAUGAGAUGAAGGAUACUACAUUGUUCUUCGACAAGAACUUCGCAAAGAACUAUGUGCCCGAGUACGUAAAUUCUGCAUUUACUUGCAAAGACACCAAGACGAUCAUGACAUCCAUUGAGAAGGGCAGCUACUUGACCGUGUCAGCCAUUGUCAAGGAUCUUGCAGACAUUGUGUAUGAUGCAAAAUCAUUUUUGAAGGUAACUAAAAGAUAAAAUAAGAAUUUCU